CUGCUCUUUCCUUGAUACACAGACAGAGUAUGACAUGUAAGUUCGGUCUGUGUGCUUUAGAUUUAAGACACCCCUUAGUCAGUACUUGUGUUCUAUUAGUUAUGGACAUUUCUUUUGGAAUUAGAUCACGCACACGGUCUAGGCACUAUCUUUAAUAGUCACAUUCAAUCUUGAGGAUGUCAUCCUAUUGACUGAAGAUGGAUUUAAAAGAAAAAAUUUUGUAAUCUUUCAAAGGGAAACAAUAAAAUAACUAGAGCAUUUAGUUCAUCAGGAUUAUCUACCUUUAUAUAAACAACAACAUCUUUCAUCUGGCAUAUUUACUUCAAUUCUAAGUGUAGAGCAAACAAGGGGAGAUGAGUCUGCCCAGACCAACAGGGAUUAAACCACCCUCCAAAAUAGGAAGACCCUCUGGUAUUCCUGCACCAAAGACUGCCCCGACAGCGCCAGUCCCUUCUGGCACUACAUUACCAGCUUCAGGCCUGCCAUCCACCCCAGCGGUCACAAAGGCACAAAGUGCCAUAGCUAAGUCUGCUAGAGGAGUAGGAUUUACCCCGCAACAGGCAGAGCACUAUGCUGACAGAACCCUGCCUCUUCUGAAAGGUCCAGAGCCGCCAUCAGAAGAUGGUAUUAUUCUUGAUGACUUUAAGAUUGGUGACAGGAUAUGGGUCAGUAACAAGCCCGGUGUCAUAGCUUUCAUUGGAGAGACACAGUUUGCCCAGGGGGACUGGGCGGGUGUGGUCCUAGAUGAGCCGAUUGGCAAAAAUGAUGGCACUGUCAUGGGCAUCAGAUACUUUCAGUGUGAACCCAGGAGGGGGGUAUUCUCACGUCUCAGUAAACUGUCCUACACACCACAGUCGCCAUCACGGCCACCAUCUCAAGGUCAUGACAGCGUGUCCAGCGAUUCCAAGGUUUCAGCGACUCCUCAGGCUGUGCCCACAACAAACGGCACCACUUCAGGCAUUCCAUCUAGACCAUCAUCAAGGCUUGGUCUGAGUUCCAGUAAAAACUUGUCCACUUCCUCAUCUAGUCUCAACAAAGCACCAUCUUCUGGGACCACACCGACAGGACCUGCGGGAACUGUUGCCAUGAGGUUACCCGGGACAAUGCCAGGCGGUGUCAAAGUGAACGACAGGGUCUUAGUGAGUGGAUCCAAGCCUGGAAUACUUCGCUACAUCGGGGAAACAGACUUUGCUAAAGGUAUCUGGGCAGGGGUUGAGCUGGAUGAGCCACUCGGAAAAAAUGAUGGUGCUGUGGCCGGCAAACGAUACUUUGACUGUAAACCUCUCCACGGUUUGUUUGCGCCAGUCCACAAAAUCACAAGAGCUGGGUCAGCGACGUCCACACCUUCACCCCACUCUCGGCCACUCAUGACCACCAGCCUGCGAAGCUCUAGGGAACGCAGCGGCAGCCAAGAAAGUGUGUCGUCGCUCUCCUCAACUGCCUCAAGUGUGUCUCGGUCGCGGGUAAGAUUGGGAGUCACGUCCUUGGCCAACCAGUUGACCCCCAGAACUAACUCUCAGACUGAAGCAUCCAAAACAGGUCAAAGGCCUAGCACUCUAAACCUAACAGCUACAACUGCUGCUCUGCAGAAAGCUUUGAAAGAGAAGGAAGAGCAUAUUGAACAGUUACUGAGAGAAAGAGAUCUGGAGAGGUCAGAGGUGGCCAGGGCUGCAGCUCAUGUAGAUGAGGCUGAAGGUCAGCUAAGCUCUAUUAAAGCCGAACAAGACAGACUGAGACUAGACGCAGAGGAACAGUUAGCCAAGUACAGAAUCAUGGUGGCAGAGCUGGAGAAUGAUAAACAAGAACUCAUGGCUUUCUUGGAAGAAGAGAAACGGAAAGUUGAAGAUCUUCAGUUCCAGUUGGAAGAAGAAGCUUUGAAGGAAGAAGGGGAUGCCAAAGCACCAGGACCUACUCAGGAAUUAUUAAUUAAGGAACUGGAACGUCAACUGAAGAAAGAACAAGAAAGAUCUGAGAAACUGGAGAAAGAUUUGCUGCAAGUCAAGCAAAAACUUGAUGAGCAACAGAAAGCUGCCAGCAAGGCUGAGGAUGCUCAGGUCUCGUAUUUGGAUCAGAUUGAAGAACUGACCUACAAGUUGACCCAGGCCGAGUCUAAAGUUAAGACAUUUGAGAUGUCACGACUAGAAGAUGGGGCUAAGACCAGCCAAGUCAGCAUUGAACUGGCAGAGAAGAAUAACAGAGUUAAGGAACUUGAGGAUCAGCUGGCAUUACAAAGACGUGAACUGACCUCCAUGUCACAGCAAGUGAAUGAAGUGCAUAACUUUUACCAACUUCAAAAAGAAGAGCUGCAUGCCAGUAAUGAAAAGAGAAAGAAGCAGGAGGAGUAUAUUCAAGAGCUAACAAACAAAUUGAAAGUUCGAGAUGAUGAACAUAAGCGUGUUAUGGACGAGUUGACCAAUGCCAAUUCUAAUUCAGCAGACCUACAAAGACAAUUGACAGCAAGUCAGGCCAGAACAGAAGAGCUCACAAAUGAUCAGGCCAAACUGGAAGAGCAGUUAUCAGAACUGAUGAAAAAUUCCGGGGACAGCUCGAGUCAGCUGGCUACUCUCAGUGAUCAGCUGAUGGACAAGAAUAGAAAAAUCGGGGAUCUACAAAACGACUUGUUGAGCUCUUCUCAAAGUCUAGCUAAAGUAGAAGAGAGCUACGCAGCGCUGCAGAGGGAGGUGGAGAGGCAACUUCAGGAGGCAGCUCAAAACUAUCAGGGCAAACUUGCCCAACAGCAGGAGCAAAUCGUAGAAUUAAAUGCAACACUAGACAAAUUGAAAUCUAAAACAUCACAGCAGCUAGAGACAUUAGAAUCAGAGAAAAAAGAAAUGGUUGCCGCCAAGGAGGCAGAGGUCAAGUCACUACAGCAGCAAGUGAGUCAACUGAAUGAAGAGUUGACCAAACAGCAAGACAAGACAACAGCACACAAGCAGUUGUUGGAUAAGGUCACAGCCGAGAAGGAGGCAAUGCAGUAUGAGAAACAGCAGGCAGAGAAACACUUGAAGAGAGUGGAAGCUGAAAAACAAGCAUUGAACGUAGAAUUGAUUCAGGCCAAAGUGGAGCUGGCCAACAUCCAGGAGGCUGGAGAGAAGAACAAAGGGGCCAGUCGAGAGUUGGAGGACAAGGUGGAGAAACUAACGCUGGAAGUGGAAUACAUCACUAAAGCUAAAUUAGAGGCUGAGAAGUCGAGGGAUGAACUCAAGUCCCAGAAACAGGAAGUCAUCCAGGAAAGAGAUGCACACGCACAAGAGGCAGUCAAGCUCAAAGAAGAGGUUCAGAAGAAAGGGAAACAACUGGAAGACUUGAAGACUGAGCUGGACAAACUGAAACACGAGUCUGCAAGGAAAGCUGAGGAGCUGAUGCAGAAAUCUCAGACAGAGACUGAACUAUUGUCACAAGAAUUAGAGUCACUGAAGAUAUCAUUACAAAAAGCAAGUUCUGAGUCUGAAGCUAAAGAUUUCCAGAUAGCGGAGAUACAAGCAGAGCUUGACCAGGUGAAACUUGCUGUACAAGAGAGAGACUUGUUGAAGAAAGAGAAGAAAGAACUUCAGAAAGAGAAAGGAGAAGUGGAAGAAAAGUGCAGGCAACUGAUGAAAGAGUUUGAGAAACAAUCCCAGAAGGCAGGUGAACUGGACGCGCAAGUGAAGACGCUGAAUGCCACAGAAGCUAAACUCAAACAGAGAGUGGGUACAUUGGAAGGGGAGAUCACUCAGCUACAGAAUGACCUCAGCGCCACCAAGAAGCAGGCUGCAGAGGCUCAGACUAAACUUGCAGCAACUUCUGCUAACUUACAAGGUGAUGAUAUGUAUGCCCAGUUAAAAGAAGAUGCUGACCUGGCCAAAGGGCAAGUGGACUUCUUGAACUCUGUCAUUGUGGAACUCCAGCGGAAGAAUCAAGACUUGCAGCACAGGUUGUCAGUUAUGGAGGACUCAGGGAUACACACAAACGGGGAAUUUACAGAACCAGUCGAGACUCCAUCUAGAGCUCGUGCACCGCCUCGUCUUUUCUGUGACAUUUGUGAUGUGUUUGACCUACACGACACAGAAGACUGUCCUAAGCAGGCCAUGUCCAGCAGUCCAGAACCUACCAGAUAUCACGGUGAUCCCAAGAACUCGCGUCCUUACUGCGACAUAUGUGAAGCGUUUGGUCACUGGACUGACCAGUGCGAUGAUGAGCAAAUGUUCUAACAGCUCCUGGCCACGACCUGUUUGAGUGUGUGUGUGUGUUGCCGUGCUAACUGCGUGGAUUGCUUUGUGUUCUUGUUAUUAAAUGUGACGACGAGUCUCACACAAGGCGCAGACUGCACAGGAUUUUGUGAUGCUCAAGUGGUUCAGGAUCUACGGGUGUGACAAGAUUUACUUCAGUGUACAGUUCUGAACUGAAUAGAUGCAAUGCAUUGGUGCUAACUUAGAGAUCUUCUAAUGUGAGAAGCCAGCCUUUUCUAAGUCCCAGAAUGUAUCUAAAAUAGAAUGUGCCAAACUUUUGAAAUCCUAGGUUUUAAAUGAUUUUAAGAAUAUACGAAUAUAAUUUAAUGAGCUUUGCUAAUGACACUGGAUCUGGUGUCAUUGAUAUUUAUAGGCAAGUGAAUACACACACACAAGCAUAUUUGUACAUAAACAAAACUUCAGCUUUUAGAUAUAUUUGGGAAUGGACUUCCAUGUCUUAGUGUUGAUUCAGAAACUUGGCACAUUUUGUUUCAUAUCUUUGGUGUGAUUUUCUCUUCAUUCCACUAGGAGUUAGCUUAGGAAUCAAAAAACAAAAUCAAUUCAGUGUGACUGAAACACUAGACAGAACAGUAUUUAACUUUGGCUAGCCAUAGCAUGGAGACAAGGUUUUGUGAUGAUCUGAGCUUUUAAAAAAAAAAGUCUUGACCUGAAACAUUGCAGCGUUUGACCUCAUGGCCUCACUGAGAUGAAUUUUGUGUAGUAGAAACUUGGGAAUGGAUGACAUCUAAGGACACACAGUACAAUGAAGUUAUAAACUCAGACUGCAUACAAAACUGAGAUUAAACUGUAAUUGUCACAAGUAAGUUGAGCUGCAGGACAAUCCAAUACAGUGACUGAUUUCUUUUGUUAAAAAUAGGACUCUUCUGUGAAUCUUCAGUCUGUGAAGAUGUGGAUUUAAGUAGUGAAUCAAUCAGUUUGUGAGGAUUUGGAAUUAUGUACUGAAUCACUCAGCUGGUGAGGCAUAGGUUAAUAGCUGGUAUCACUGACAUAUAUAUUUGAAACACUGGCUAAUACAAGCUCUUUGGUUUACUACCCUGUGGAGAUGUUUAUGUAUAGAUAUUGAAACCAGAAUAAAAACUUGUAAAUACUCUCUGAAAUACUGACUACUGGUGCAUCAAAUCAUGAGAAUACUACAUAAAAAUGCUUGCGAUUGACUUCAUACUCUCUUUGAUAAAGACUAACAGAAGACCACAUGAUAUUUAAUAAUCAUCAGUCUACAGUUACAACCAGACUAGCUCUCUUAUAAUGUGAGUUGCUGUUAUGGAGAUUUCACUUUGUUUCUACUGUUGAUGCAGUUGUUAAAGCCAAUACCAUUACAUUUCCAUUGUGUGUGUUUUGUUCCACUUUAAAACACUGGGUCUUUCUUUUUAUUUUACCCUCAGAAGACUUUGAAUCUCUUGGGGGGACAUUGUGCCACAAACAUGGGAAGGGGAGAAGAAUGUCUGGACAUUCAAAAUACAUCUUCAGUGUAACAGCCAUGUUCAAUUCAUUAUAUGCACAAGAACAUUGUAAAUAGAAGAACAGUUGUUGACUAGAAGGAGAAAUUGGUGUGUGUGUGUGUGUUUAUUUUUUGACUGGACACUAAAGAGUGACUGAAGUGUAUGGUGAUCACAUUGACUUUUAAGGAUAAUAGAUUUCAACUGUUCUUGUGUAAAUAAAUUCUAAAGUUUAAGAAGCCUCCUGAAGUAACUCUCUUGACACACAAAUUGUGUACAUAGUCUGUGAUGUAAAUUUGUAUUUUGUAAAAAAAUAUGGAUGUAUUUCAACCAGCACAGGUUUCAUGUGUCAAGGUUGAACUAAAUGUGCAUGUAUCUGGCCAGCAGCUUAGUAACAAGCCUGGUCAAUGGCACUGCAGCAUAAUUAUUUGUGUGGCUGUUAAGUCACACUGUUAUCAGCCAAAUUAUUUUGUUUCAUGGCCAAAAUAACAUUAUUUCCAAUGAGAUGGAAGCAUAUUUAACAUUGUAAGCCUGCUGAAGUUGUCAAUGAAAAAUAUGUUUUUUGUUGUUGUUGUUGUUUUUGGAUAUAAAUGGUUAAUCCUAAUAUAAAUUAUUUAAUUUCACAUUUUUGACCAGAUUUUUCAUGUGUUGGUGGGCUUGAUUAAUUUUUUCUAAGACUGCAGUUGGGUUUAAUUCAAAAUAUUGAAUAAGCUUCUAUAAAAUGUGGACAUUUUUUUUAAAUAAAUGGUAUAUGUGAAAAUGUGAUUAAAAAGUGAUGUAUAUUAUAUGUGUGAGUGCUGGUUAGAUGUAUGCCAUUGUUGUAAGUGACAACUUUUGAAAGCAUCCCCUGUAAAUAUUGGAUGUCUCAGGAAACCCUGAGUUGAAAACAUCAUCUGUGAGAUUGAUACAAAACCUACAUUUCUUACAUGUAACAGUAAAAAUGUUCAGGAUUGUAACUGCUACAACUCAGUAACUCAUUCUUGAAAUUUUUAAAUCAUAUCUCAUGUAUACAAAGAGUAAUAUUAUAUAGUCAAGUGACAACUUCAUUUUGUUGCUAUCUAUAAAUGCUAUCUACAUUUAUUAUACCUAUGUAAAGUAUUUAUUGCAUUGUAAUAUUCCUGAUAGAAACCAUUUUUAUGAUCAUAUGACACUUGAGUGAAUGGUGUGAAAAUAUUUGGAUGACAAAUACCAUAAUUAUGUCUAAAUGACAUAUGUAUUGAUUAGACUCAAAUGAUCAAGGGUUGUAGACCUCAUAAUAUUUAUUCCUAAGUUAUUUAUUCUACAUUACAUCACCUAUUCACUCUGGCUCACUGCUUACCGAUGGAAACAUGACAAAGUGACUAUGUAAAGCUAUAGAUCUGGAACUGACUACACUUGUACAUUUUAUAAUAUCAAAUGGAUAGCAGCAAUUAUGUCUUGGAUGUUAUCAUUGUAUGCUUUUAUUUGUGGCCACAUUUCUUGUCAUUCGCAAGCCAGUAUAUAUUUUCUUUUAGAUUUUCAACUCAUUCUUAACUCAUAACGAAUGAAUGUGCUAACAAUUCAUUUUUACAAAUUAUUGAUAUCCUGAAUUGGAGAAAGAAAAAUCUUUCGUGUCCAAUUGUUGACAUGUCAGCUUAUCCUUCAGCUUUACCACUAGGUUUUUAAUUGGAUGGAUGGCCCAUGGAAUGAUGCAAAAGUCUGCAAAGGUUGUUUUUUUUUUUCCUGUUACAUAAAUAUGUGAAAAGAUUUUUUUUUUGUGAUGUUGAAUUUAGCUUUAAGCUAUUUCAGAAAAUAAUCUUGAAUCUGCCACAGUGUUGUGUCUAGGAUAAUAAUAUAAGUUGAAACCUAAUUCUACCAUUGAAAUGUUUGGACAGUUACAUGUUUAUUUAAACACCACAUUUUACUGACUUCCAAUUCACUUUGUGGGCUAUGGUGACUUUUUCUUCAACUUGUAGAAACUGAGCUACUUUUAGAUCUUGUCAAGUCUGAGCUACCUUUAUAUCUUGUCAAGUCUGAUCACAUGGUAUGUGUGAAAUAAACAGGUGUAGUGUUUGAAACGAUCGUUAUGUUUUUAUUUACUCACCUCUGUAGUGGCACAGAAUCAUGGCAGCAAGUACAUGUUGGAGCUCUUCAGAAAAAGAGGGGGGAAAAAGUUAAACUGAACUAUGUGUACUUGAUUAAGACUUGCUGUAAUAUGUGAUGUCAUCAGACAAUCUGGUAAUCAAACAACUUACAGUUGAGAGGGCCAAGUGCUUGUAAUAUGUGAUGUCAUGUUAAAUCAGACAAACUGGUAAUCAAACAUCUUAUAGUUGAAAGGGCCAAGCGUAUUUUGUGAUUAUUCAUUAUUGCACCAAUAUAUCUUCGGUAUAUUCUGGGUUAGGCAUGACAUUUCUGUGUUAACACAUCUAAUUAUUUCUUCUUGGGUUCAGAGGUUUUAUCUGACUUGUCAGUCCACGGAAUUAGUUUAGGCAAAUUUUUUUUUUCUCUUCUAAAAUUCGGGGUUAUUCAAUGUACCCGUAUCUUUAUCAGAUAGUUCUUUAGUUUCUACGCACAAAGUUAUUUUUGAUCACCUUUUUACAAAUAUUUUUACUUUAAAAUUAAAAUUGUUUUUAACAUUAUUAAGUAUUUCCUUUUUUUUUAAAAAAAAAAAAAGAGAAAUGAUAAUAUCACAAUGAAAUACAAUUUCUUAAUGUUUAAAACUUUGACCAGAAUGAAAUUUGAAAGGGAAAUAAAUGUCCUAACUUUUGAGUCUGUUACAUUAGCUUUGUUAAUUAAGACGCUAUGAAUGGUUCAAUAUGCUUAUAUGUGCAAGUUUAAAAUUCUUGUGUGUGAUAUUUGUGUCUAUUGAAUUGUAACAUUGCAGUCAGUGGGACUCAAAAGCAUUUUCUCUCUCAGGCUCAUUUCAUCCAACAUAAGUCUUGAUGAUUCAUUUGUUGCUUUCCCCUGUAUUUAUUUUCUUCCCUCCCUUUGUGACUUCAAGAACCAGAGUUUUAGUUCACUUGAAAGUUGGCAGGAACCUACACAAGGAGAAAUCAUCGCUUUUUUAUUUUGACCCUGAACUUUGCUUUGACAAAUUAUGCAGGUCCCAACUGGGUCUGAGGAGGUCAGCUGAACUUUGUCUGCUUUGUGACAAAAUCUACAGGUCUAAACUAGGUCUGGGUAGUCACCUGAACCUUUCUUUGUGACAAAAUCUGCAGGCCCCAACUUCCGACUCAGAAGACAUUAUUAUAUAUGAAACAAAAGUUAAUGUAACAAAAUGUUAAAUAAUUCAGAGUUACUUAGUCCAUAGUUGAUGUUGUUAUUCUGUCUUGGAAUUCAAAAAUGAGUACUGGUACCAAUAGCUACAGUAACUUUUCUCUGGUAACUGUGCUAGACACAUAAUGCCAAUGCUUCAAAACCUUUUUUUCUUCAUUCUUUUUGUAUAUUAUUCUGUUGAUCACAAACCUGUCUACAGGUGACAUUAUCUCUGCGAUAAUAUCUCUGUGCCAUGACAAAUUUGUAAUUGUUUGUGGGCUUCCUGUCUUUCUCAUGAGUUCAUUCUCUGCUUUGUUCAUUUUCAUUUCAUUCUCUGAUUUGUUCAUUCUCAUAUGAGCUCAUUCUCUGCUUUGUUCAUUCUCAUAUGAGCUCAUUCUCUGCUUUGUUCAUUCUCAUAUGAGCUCAUUCUCUGCUUUGUUCAUUCUCAUAUGAGCUCAUUCUCUGCUUGGUUCAUUUUCAUUUCAUUCUCUGCUUUGUUCAUUUUCAUGAGCUCAUUCUCUGCUUUGUUCAUUUUCAUUUCAUUCUCUGCUUUGUUCAUUUUCAUGAGCUCAUUCUCUGAUUGGUUCAUUUUCAUUUCAUUCUCUGCUUUGUUCAUUUUCAUGAGCUCAUUCUCUGCUUUGUUCAUUCUCAUAUGAGCUCAUUCUCUUCUUGGUUCAUUUUCAUUUCAUUCUCUGCUUUGUUCAUUUUCAUGAGCUCAUUCUCUGCUUUGUUCAUUUUCAUUUCAUUCUCUGCUUUGUUCAUUUUCAUGAGCUCAUUCUCUGCUUUGUUCAUUUUCAUUUCAUUCUCUGCUUUGUUCAUUUUCAUGAGCUAGUUCUCUGCUUUGUUCAUUUUCAUUUCAUUCUCUGCUUUGUUCAUUUUCAUAUGAGUUCAUUCUCUGCUUUGUUCAUUUUCAUAUGAGUUCAUUCUCUGCUUUGUUCAUUUUCAUAUGAGUUCAUUCUCUGCUUUGUUCAUUUUCAUAUGAGUUCAUUCUCUGCUUUUUUCAUUUUCAUAUGAGCUCAUUCUCUACUUACCAGUAAUUCAUUCUCUGCUUUGUUUAUUGCUUGACUCAAACAUUAACAAGUUUGGAGUGUCUGUAAACCAAGCCAUUUGUUUUAGAAGGCCUCAAACACUGAUCUUCAACGUCACACAGACCUGUGAUGUGGCAACACGCUAUUGGUCUGAACUGCCCACACGUUGCAGGUCAGUGUUCAGGUCUUCUAUGCCGAUUAGUCUCGCUGCACAUCAGAUAUCCCCCCCUCCUCCUCCCCCCUGUCUCUCUGUUCACUUCCUUCAUUAGAAUUUUGUUUGUCCACCAAGUAGGUCAAGGUCGCUGAAAUAAAAUCUUUGCGCAGGCUUCAAAUAGUUCUCUGAAAUUCAAAAAUUUUUUUGAUUGUAUGAUUGCACCUAUGUUUGAAAUCAAAUAGCAUUUCUUAAAAACAACAUGCUUUUAGUUUAAAGUUUUUUUGUUUUUUUUUAUUGAUAUCUGCUUUGACAUUUUUAACGAAUUUAUGGCAGACCCUUGGAAAAAACUGGUUUCCAUCUGUGACCUAAAUAAUGUGACUAAUGUUUCUGUUGUGUUUUAUUAAGAAUUUUUUUUUUAUAUAUUACAAAAUAGACUAUCUGAUAUGAUUUGAUUUCCAAAUUUAAUAUUUGUCAAAAAUGUAAUUAUGUGUCAAUUUUGUAACUGAUUUGCUCAAUUCACUUCUGCCAUUGAAAAGAAAAAGUAGAAUCUAGUACUCAUUAUUUAUCUUUCCCUCAUUUUUGUUAAUAUCAAAAUAAAUAUUUCAUUUCUUACUUAAAAAUUCUUGUGAUAAAAAUGAAACUCAAUAUUGACUGAGCUAGUUUAUUCCUAGUGUUUGUGACGUUUCUUGUUAGUCACAGCUAAUUUAAUCUUUAGAAGUUUAGCAAUAAAACUAAACUUUGAAUGACAGUUUCAGCAGAGUAUUUAUUUGGCCAACUAACUUUGUGCAGUGCAUUGACUUUCCUUCCAGAGACCUAACUUAAAGAUGGAUGUACUAGUUCCUUCACUAUUAUCUCUAGCUCUAGCAGUACGGAUAUUCCUAGCUAUUAACUAUCAGUCUAGAAACAACCAAUGUACUUUUGUUACAACUGUGUACUAUUGUUACAACUGUAUACUUUUGUUACAACUGUUAUCCAAUAGACCUUGUUUUUAAUGAUUUAACUGUAUAGAAUUUAGCCCUUGUUAUUUAAAGGGAGAGUGAUCCUUAAAGGAUUACGAGCACGACAUGGCCUAAAUUGUGCCGAUGUGCCUAAACUCAAACUCCCAAUAGAUUUGUCAUGUUUCAUUCUCUUACAUAAAAUAAUGUAAGUGUCCAGUAAGAGACCAAGUUCCUGGACCUCAUCAUUUGACUUGGAAUAUAAUCUCUGAUUCUACCUAGCCUAUAAUGUUAAGAUUGUUAGUAAUUGUAAUAGCCACACAUUAUCAGAGUAUGCUUUGGCUACACAACUUGUUUUAUAGAUGUCUUGAAAAAUGCCAUUGCCUGUAGCAAGUUGACUGUUUAAGUUGUUUUAUCAUUUUGUUUAGGCAGCCAUGAUUUUUGCUUGAGACUUGUGUGCAGUGACCUACUUGUUUAGUUUUGAGUGUGAAGUGUUAGCCUCACAGCCCUAUCCCCUCCCCCCCUCCUGGUGUUGGCCAUCUUGAAGCUAAAUGAUGUUUGAAUCAUAGUGACAUGCCAAGCUCAUGAUUUCCUACUGUAAUACUCCUAAAAUGCUAUGCUACUGACUAAUAAAACACAUUCUGAAGAA